GGCAAAGGUGGAGGCUUGGCUCGUCGCCACGGCACUGCUCAGAAGAAACUUGUGCGGUGGCAACUUUGACAAACACUGUUAAAUGUCUGUCACAUAGCUUAAAUAUUUUAAAGUAUAUGGUGGACGGGAACUCUCCCAAUGUGUGACGAGGGCGAGGAAAGCGACAGCGGCGAGAGGGGGCACCUUUCCGAGUCUCCCUCCUCGCCUCUCUCUCUCAGACUUCCCCGAGGAUCUCCCUCCUCUCCGCGGCCCCUAGACCUGUUCUCCUCCGCCUCUCCGCUGCUUGGGGACACCGACCCACCUUACCUCGCCUCUCCGGAGUGUCUUCACCCGUCUCCAGAGUACCAGGAAACCGGGGGUUCCACACACUUUACGCCGCCAAAGUUCCCCCAGCGCACCGGGGACACCGGCUCGCCGUUUCUCUCGCGGCCGGGUAUACACAUAGAUGCGGUCUACGACCAGUACGAUGACCCGUUUCCCAAGUGGAGGGGACGUGGAGCGGCCAACGCUGAGCGCUUUCAGCACCGCGGACAGAGACUGCACCGGGCUCCGGAGCUCUCGGACUAUGGGAACCACUACACUGUUGAGCACAUAGACACCGAGUUCAACUCCGAAACCCGGCAAACGGUGGAAGCCAUGCAUCGCCGCCACACAACGUUGAGGGAGAAGGGGCGUCGCCAGGCAGUGCGGGGCCCAGCCUAUAUGUUCAACGAGCGUGGCUCGGCCCUCACUGCAGAGGAGGAGCGUUUUCUGGAUGCUGCUGAAUACGGAAACAUUCCUGUGGUCCGCAAGAUGCUGGAAGAGUCCAAAACCCUUAACUUUAAUUGUGUGGACUACAUGGGCCAGAAUGCUUUGCAGCUCGCAGUGGGUAACGAGCACCUAGAAGUUACUGAGCUGCUGCUAAAGAAAGAUGGUUUGGCUAGGAUUGGUGAUGGCCUCCUUUUGGCCAUCUCAAAAGGUUAUGUUAGAAUCGUUGAAGCCAUUCUCGCCCAUCCUGCUUUUGGUGGAGGUCUGCGGCUGGCUUUGAGCACUUUGGAGCAAGAGAUGCGUGAUGAUGACUUUUACGCCUACGAUGAAGACGGAACGCGCUUCUCGCAUGACAUCACACCCAUCGUCCUGGCUGCUCACUGCCAGGAAUACGAAAUUGUCCACAUCCUGCUGACGAAGGGGGCUCGCAUUGAAAGGCCCCAUGACUAUUUCUGUAAAUGUUCAGAAUGUGUGGAGAAACAGAAGAAAGACUCCUUCAGCCACUCACGCUCCAGGAUGAAUGCAUAUAAGGCCCUGGCCAGUGCAGCUUACCUGUCGCUCAGCAGUGAAGACCCUGUGCUCACCGCCCUCGAGCUCAGCAAUGAACUGGCAAGACUGGCCAACAUUGAGACAGAAUUUAAGAAUGACUACCGUAAGCUGUCCAUGCAGUGUAAAGACUUUGUGGUGGGUGUGUUGGACCUUUGUCGGGACACAGAGGAAGUUGAGGCGAUUUUGAAUGGCGACGUGGAUCAGUGCCCGCCGAGUCCCUACAACCGUCCCUGCCUCAGCCGUGUCAAACUGGCUAUCAAGUAUGAAGUCAAGAAGGUAAGACAAAAACCGAUUAGCUCGUUAAAAAAUGUAAUGAAUUUUACAAAUUGCAUUAAUUUGCAACAUUAAAAAUUAGUGUAAAAAUUAUUCAAAGAAUUAGCAAUGCAGUAUGUAAUGCCUUUUUUGUGGGAUUAAAUUAUUUUUGCAGGAACUGU